CAAUUCGGUGAGACAUCUUUAAGUUGAUCCAACAAAUCCUUUUUCUUGCUCAACAAAACCAAUUUUAUACACCUGUCAGGUGCUGAAUUUAUGGUCAAUCUGACAUGACGCCGACGUUAGCAGAAUACGCCGGCGAAGAAUACCAACCGGCUACCGAGAAAAACCUCUUGGGCAAAUACGAGCUCGGCCAGCUUCUGGGCUACGGAGCCUUUGCAAAGGUCUAUUACGGCUGGGACAUUGAAUCAAAACAAAGUUUCGCCAUCAAAGCCAUCAACAAACAGCGAAUCAUGAAAGGCGGUUUAACCGGUCACGUCAAGCGCGAGAUCUCCGCCAUGCGCCGGUUGCACCACCCCAACAUCGUCCGCCUGCAAGAAGUGCUCGCCAGCCAGAAGAAAAUUUAUUUUGUGCUAGAGUUUGCAAAGGGUGGUGAACUCUUUUCAAAAGUGUCUAAAUCGCGCUUUAGUGAAGAUCUCAGCCGUCGGUACUUUCAGCAACUUAUAUCGGCCAUCGGAUACUGCCAUUCACGCGGCGUCUACCACCGCGACCUCAAACCGGAGAAUCUUCUGUUGGAUGAAAAUUGGAACCUCAAAGUUACGGAUUUUGGAUUAUCUGCGGUAACAUGUGAUGACCAGGUUCAGUCAGAUGGACUGCUUCACACGAUGUGUGGCACCCCAGCCUACGUGGCACCAGAGAUUUUAGCGAAGAAAGGCUACGACGGAGCAAAGGUUGACAUAUGGUCGUGUGGCAUCAUCUUAUACGUUCUCAACGCCGGUUUCCUGCCAUUUAACGAUCCAAAUCUAAUGGUGAUGUACCGGAAAAUAUUCAAAGGCGAGUUCCGCGUUCCAAAGUGGACGUCACCUGAGCUAAAACGCCUCUUAUCUCGCCUUCUGGACACGAAUCCUAACACCAGGAUCACCGUCGAUGAGAUCCUAAACGAUCCAUGGUUCAAAAUCGGUUACAAAGGGGCUGAAUUUAGCUCUCAUCAUUUCGAGAUCAAAGACGGAGACGGAGACGAAGUGGGCCGUGGAGGCAAUUUGAACGCCUUCGAUAUAAUAUCGUUUUCGUCGGGGUAUAAUUUAUCGGGUUUGUUCUGUGAUGAAGAAGCCGGUGAGAUGUUUCUGUCGACGGCUGAGCCGGAGGAGAUAAUCGGGAGAGUGGCGGAGGCGGCGGAGGAGGAGAGAUUGACGGUGGUGAAGAGAAAAAAGUGGUAUGUGAAAGUUGACGGGGGGCAAUAUCGGAAGUUUACGUUGAUGGUGGAGGUUAAACGGUUGACGGAGGAUAUAGUGGUGGUGGAGGUACGAUGGAGGGAAUGUGAGACUGAACCCGGUCCAGAUAUGUGGACCGAUAGGCUUAGACCGCAGUUGAGUGGCUUGAUUUAUCAACCGGAUGGCCCGGUUGCCUGUAAUUGAAUAUACGGAUACUACAGUUUUCUAUUUUUUUUUUUUUUUUUUUGUAACUUAAAUAACACUUUCUAAAUAUAAACUUAUUUUUAUGGUA